ACCUGUAGGCUUAACCUGUAAUAUAAACCUGCACAUAUUACCAAAACAACAACUGCAAAGGUGUAACCUGCUGAGGAAUGCUUAUUUUUAUUACUUUAGGCUGACCCAAAAUCUACGAUCUAAAAACUAAAAAUACUUCAGAUCUAUCCAAUAUGACUUGUAUUCACCUUGAAAAGUACAAAGACACUGAGGGGACGUCAAAUUACCGCACAAUUUACUCGAAUUUUGUUGUCUGCUUUUCAAAAGAUGCUCAAAAACGAAAGGCAAUCAGUAUGAAAUGUCAUCAAUGUCAUUCAUAUUCUAAUCGGCUACAUGCAUGUUUGCAAUGUGUUUAUUUUGGUUGUUAUACUGGAUCACGACAUAUAUUUGAUCACUUAAUGAAAAAGAGUCACACUUUAGCUGUAGAUUUAACAUAUGGUAAUAUCUAUUGUUAUCAGUGCCAGUCUUAUGUUUAUGAUAAAGAAAUUCAAGCAAUCUCUAAGGAAGAAGGUGACAAAGCCGCUCAAAUAAAAAAUAAUGGAAAACGCAAGUUCCUGGAAUGGGAACCCAACCAAAUUGAACUGGAAUUAUUAAAAAUUAACAAUAAGCGAAGAAAACUGCAUGAUUCCUCAUAUAUAGGUCUUCGUGGAUUAAUUAAUCUUGGUAGUACGUGUUUUAUGAAUUGUAUUCUUCAAGCAUUCGCUCACACACCGAUGUUAAGAAAUUAUUUUUUAUCUGAUUCACACUGUUGUCCCACAGAUGAAGCACAGAGUUGUUUAGUAUGUGAAAUGUCCAGUUUGUUUCAGGAGUUUUAUUCUGGAAAAAGAACUGCACACAUUCCGUUUCGAUUACUGUAUAAAGUUUGGACCAACGCUAGACAUUUAGCUGGUUAUGAGCAACAAGAUGCUCAUGAGUUUUUUAUUGCCGCCCUUGACGUGUUGCAUCGGCACUGUCGCGAUGACAACACGGCGCCGUCGAAUAACCAUAACAACUGCAAUUGUAUCAUUGACCAAAUCUUCACUGGUGGUCUCCAAUCAGAACUCACCUGUCAAUCAUGUCGCGGUGUAUCAACAACAGUGGAUCCAUUUUGGGAUAUCUCACUUGAUCUGGGGACCACGGAGAAUAAAAGUCCGAUCAAAAUAAGUUCAAACGGCAGAAGAACACCAGUGACGUCAUCACAGUCCUCCUCCGAUUCGUCUCAAGAUUCAGGUAUUGUCCAACAAGAAGAAACAUUCACUCCACAAUCUUUAACCGACUGUUUAAAAAGGUUUACUCGACCGGAAAAACUUGGAAGCGAAGUGAAAAUUAGAUGUAGCGGAUGCCAAAGCUAUCAGGAAUCAACGAAACAGUUGACGAUGAAGAAACUUCCUAUCGUUGUGUGCUUUCAUUUUAAAAGAUUCGAGCAUUAUAUGAAGUCGAAAAAAAUCUCUACCUUAAUACCAUUUCCAGAAGAACUCGACAUGACACCAUUUAUGGCAUCCACCACCAAGCAAAACAUGAAUGGAAAAAAUAAAUCUGGGUUACCUUUGGACAACAAGUACUCGUUAUUUGCAGUUGUAAACCAUCAAGGCACGUUAGAAGUUGGUCAUUACACAUGUUACAUUAGACAGAGGAAGGGACAGUGGUUCAAGUGUGAUGAUGGUUGGAUCACGAAAACGACGUUACAAGAUGUUUUAUCCAGUGAAGGCUACCUGUUAUUCUACCACAAACAAAUACUAGAUUACGAAUAAAAUCCAAAUAUGUUUAUGAUGUGAUAAUAAAUAUUGGUGUUGUUGUUGUUGUUGUUAA